UCAUGUUUUCUGGCCCGCAGAACAGCAUCGCUCCUCACGGCCGCAACACCGUACUCUCAUCGUUUUCUCUCGCCCUCCUGUUUUUUGAGGUUGUGUUUCUUGGUCCGGUCGACCUGCGACGAAAAAAGGAAAAAUCUGUGCACAAAAAUGGCUCUCCACGUUCCGAAGGCCCCCGGUUUCGCUUCCAUGCUGAAGGAAGGCGCUCGCGCUUAUUCCGGCUUGGAGGAGGCGGUGUACCGUAACAUUAGCGCGUGCAAGGAGUUUGCCAGCUCGGUGCGGUCGGCGUACGGUCCGAACGGGAUGAACAAGAUGAUUAUUAAUCAUAUUGAGAAGCAGUUUGUGACGUCGGAUGCGGGGACGAUUAUGCGGGAGCUGGAUGUGGAACACCCGGCGGCGAAGUUGAUGAUUCAGGCUAGCCAGAUGCAGGAGGCGGAGGUUGGUGAUGGGACCAACUUUGUGGUCAUUUUCUGUGGUGCGCUGCUGGAGGUGGCCGAGGAGUUGCUGCGGCUGGGAGUGACCACCAGUGACAUCACCGAGGGUUACGAGAAGGCCCUGGACAAGGCACUGGAAAUUCUGCCCACGUUGGUUUGUCACGAGGUGAAGGACUACCGUAACCAGGAGGUGGUGAAGGAGGCCAUCCGUGCCUCGAUCAUGUCCAAGCAGCUGGGCAAUGAGGACUUUAUUUCGGAACUGAUCACCAAGGCGUGCGUUUCGAUCCUGCCGGAGAAGACCACGUUCAAUGUGGACAACAUCCGCGUGUGCAAGAUCCUCGGAAGUGGGCUGCAAACUUCGGAAGUGGUGCACGGAAUGGUGUUCAAGCGGUUCGUUGAGGGAGAGAUCGCUUCGGCCAAGGACGCUAAGAUUGCGCUGUACUCGUGCCCGGUGGACAUCAUCCAGACGGAGACGAAGGGAACGGUGCUGAUCAAGUCGGCGGAAGAGUUGAAGAGCUUCAGCCAGGGUGAGGAGAACCUGCUGGAGCAACAGAUUAAGGCGAUUGCCGACACCGGAGCCAAGGUCAUCGUCGCCGGUGGCAAGUUUGGAGACAUGGCUCUGCACUACAUGAACAAAUACGGUUUGAUGGCCGUCCGGUUGAACUCCAAGUUUGAUCUGCGUCGUUUGAGCAAGGCCGUCAACGGAACGGUUCUGCCUCGUUUGACCGCGCCGAGCACGGAAGAGUUGGGCUAUUGCGACAAUGUGUACGUCAACGAGCUCGGGGACACCUCGGUGUGCAUCUUCAAAUCGGAGGGCGCCGACAGCCGGAUCGCCACCAUCGUAAUCCGUGGUUCCACCGACAACUACAUGGACGACAUUGAGCGCGCCAUCGAUGACGGUGUCAACACCUUCAAGGGACUUACCCGGGAUGGACGUUUCCUGCCGGGAGCCGGCGCGUCCGAGAUUGAACUGGCCAAGCAGCUCGCGGAAUACGCCGACACGCUGCCCGGUCUGGACCAGUACGCCGUGCGCAAGUUUGCCGUCGCCCUCGAACAUUUCCCAAAGGCGCUCGCCGAGAACAGCGGCGUCAACGCGACGGAGAUCGUCAACAAGCUCUACCUGGCGCACAAGGAGGGCAAGAAGAACGAGGGCUUCGACCUGGACGCCGAGCAGGCCUCGACGAUCGACGUGACCAGCAGCAAGCUGUACGAUCUGUUCCAGACCAAGUACUGGGCCCUGAAGUACGCGGUCGGCGCGGCCUGCACGAUCCUCAAGGUGGACCAGAUCAUCAUGGCGAAGCGGGCCGGCGGACCGAAACCGCGACAGGGCGGCGCCAACAGUGACGACGAAUCUUAAACGUCUCCUUAAGCAUCCUUUUAGGUUAAACCAAAAACUUACCCUUUUUGUCUAACGCUAUUAUUAACACAUCUUCAUAACGUCAUUGAUUGCUUGUCGUUGUUUAAUUCCACACUAACUUCACACUCACCUAGUUUGCGAGAAAUAUUCCGCGCUUUAGAAGUCGAACCCAAGUUCGCUAAACAACCACACGGUAACACACAAGAACAAAUACACGCACUUUCGUUCCAGGAGGAUGAAAAUGCUCCCAUUUGCUUAACAA